CUUUUGUAUAGUUUGGAUUGGUUCUUCUUUUCUUUAUUCUCUUAUUCUUGUUUGUUUAAUAUACUUCUAAUAAGGCAAACAGUAUGGCACCUAGUCACAGUACCAGUAAAAGGAAAACAGUCCUACCUUUACAUAUAGACACAGCCUCUUUUCUUAACCCUCCACAGCAUGUGAACCCUUCAACAACGUUGUCGAAUCUAAUAUAUCAUCCUUUCAACACUUGGCGAAGAUAUAGUCAUAAACGACAAAUGACUCUUCUUUUCAUCUUAUUAACAAUAAGCUUAUGUUGGAACUUUAUUCAAUAUGGAAGUGGUUGGCGACGGGGUCGAACGAACUUAAGUGAUGGCGAUGCUGCAAUUUGGGUUAAUGAUCCUUUACCCUCAGCCCCUUUAACUCGUCAUCGUCAUGCUGUUGUUGUCACUGGACAUGCUAUUUAUAUUGGUCCUAGUAAAAAUGAAACAGCCUUACGUGAUGAAACAAAUUGGGUUCUAGAACCUUAUCAACAAGGUCAAGUCAAAACAUUUCUGGACCAUAUCCAAAAAGGGAUUGAUUUACUUGUAUCUGAUCCUCAGGCUUUAUUGAUUUUCUCUGGUGGACAAACAAGACCUUCAGCAGGACCAAUAUCUGAAGGGUUAUCUUAUUGGCAGGCAGCACAAACAUUGAUACUUCAACAAUUACCCAAAACACUGGAUGAUUUAAAUACACUAAGUCGAAGGAUGAUUGUAGAAGAAUAUGCUCGCGAUUCAUAUGAAAACAUACUAUACUCAUUAUGUCGCUUCUCGGAAAUGACCAGUGACUAUCCAUCAAAAUUAACUGUCAUCGGUUUUGAUUUUAAACGUCCACGAUUUGAACAAUUACAUAUCAAUGCGAUUCGAUAUCCUCGUGAGCAAUUUGAAUAUAUCGGUAUCGAUCCUGUGUCAUUUAUGGAAGGAACAGUGGCAUUAUCGAACGAAGAAGGAGACGAUCAACAAGAUCUAAAAGAAAGUGGCAAUCAACUGGCAGAUGUAGCUCGUCAAGGUGAACUCCACAAUUCUUAUAAACCAUUCCAAACGGAUCUUUAUGCUUGUCGUGGAACGUUACGCCAAAAGAAAUUGGACCGCAAUCCAUAUCGAAGGAGACCACCCUAUCGUUCCACCUGCCCUAUUUUGGCUCCACUAUUUGAUUAUUGUCCUUCCAAUAAUAUGAUAUUUAAAGGCCCUUUACCUUGGUCACCCUAGAAUUAAUGCAAUUAGACAAUUUUAUUUUAUUUUUUUCUCAUUCUCAAUCGAUCAAGAUCUAACUAUUGACAUAAUUCAUCUAUCAUAGCAUACCAUAAAAC